CGUCACUGCAUGUGAAGUUGAUCCAACUCAAGUUUCUCAUUAAUUGGUACGGAUCCGUAUUUACCAGGCUACACAUCGUUGACCGCUGGGAACUUAUUGGGAACCUAUUGGAAACCUAUUGGGAACCUAUUGGGAACCUAUUAGGAAUCAACCGAGAUUUAUGCUUACUGGGACUCCAUCGACGUAACGACACGCGUACUUCACCUAGAUUCGUCGAAAUUGCUAGAAAUCAACUACCUAUUCACCGGCAAUCCGAUACCUUCUCUGUUUGAGCACGGUUCCUAGCUGCCUUGCUGCCUUGCGUGAGAUACUUCGACUUCCGCAGCGAUGAACAUCCUAGAAUGGGCCUUCGGCAAGCGCAUGACGCCUGCCGAGCGUCUACGCAAGAACCAGCGCAUGAUCGAUAAAGCAAUCCGAGAACUGGAUCAAGUGCGAGUUAAACUAGAAAAGCAAGAGAAGACCCUCGUCGGACAGAUCAAACAGAGUGCGCAAAAGGGGCAAAUGGGAGCAGCUAAGAUCCAAGCGAAGGAUCUAGUACGUACGAGAAGAUAUGUCGAGAAGUUCUACGGGAUGAGGAGUCAGCUACAGAAAAUAUCAUUACGGCUACAGACUCAUCGAACCAACGAGCAAAUGAUGCAAGCAAUGAAAGGAGCCACGGUAGCCCUCGGUAGUAUGAACAGGUCGAUGAACUUGCCCGCAUUACAGCGUAUCGCCAUUGAAUUCGAACGAGAGACUGCUAUAAUGGACGAGAGGCAGGAGAUGAUGGAUGAUGCGAUUGACGAUGCAAUGGACGUUGGCAUAGAAGAGGAGGGUGACGAAGUUGUGGAGCAAGUCCUAGAGGAAAUUGGUGUCGACCUAAACCAAGCCUUCGGAGAAACCCCGACAGGCCUUCAAUCUGAGAAAGUUCCCGAGGGUCGGAUUGCCCAAGCUAUCGGUGGCCCCAGCGGCGGCGGUGGAGAUCCCGGGGAUGACGAUCUCCAGGCUCGCCUUGACAGUCUGAGGAAAUAAAUAUUGAUUAAGUGUAAGGUUUUACGUACGACAGCGAAGGAUUUACCAAAGACUGGACUUGUUGAGAUGUUAAUAUGUGCGGCUA